GAAGUGGAGAACUAUAUGGACCAUCGUUUACUGCUGGAGAUAUUAUCGGAUGUUGCUUAAAUUUUAGAGAUAAGACUGUAUUCUUCACGAAAAACGGAGUACAUCUGGAUGUAUGGAAUAGAGCUUUAUAUGAAUUUGAUAGUCAACAGAAGAUAGAUGAUUUCGAAGAUCUUAAAAAGUUAUCGAAAAAUGAGACAAAUUUCUAUCAAUAUCAAGCCAAGGCCUGUUUAAUUUUGGGCAGAUAUAAUGAAGCACUUGAAUCUUUAACAACGAUAUUGAAUAUCGAUAAAAUUGACACAUUUGCACUAAAGUAUCGAGCUGAAAUUUAUUACUUAAUGAAAAAAUAUAAGGAAUCGUUGGCUGAUUUAGAAAAUUUGCUAAAGAUUAAAAAAAAUAAUACGUGGGCAAUGGAGGUCCGCAAACAUAUUUUUAUGAAACGGUGA